CCUCUAAACCCACCCCGUCGCCAAUCCAACCGGCUGCGCCGAUGUUUCGGCUGUCAGAGCAUUCCAGCGGAGUAGCACACACGAGCGGGUCCGAGCCGAGCCGAGCCGGGAAGCUGAGGCCAUCCGAGAGUCAGCGCGGAGUCGGACGGGUGGCAGUUAACGCAAUUUGCGAGUGCACCGCGAACCUGACGGUUUUCACAGAGAUGCCAGAAGAAACAGCACAAAGGCUAAGCCCCCAAGGAGUUCCGUACAAAGAUCUUCCACAUAUUGUUAACGAAGAUGGACAGUACCUGUUCUGCAAGUCGUGGGAGCCUAAGGGUCAGCCACGAGCGUUGGUCUUCGUCGCACAUGGUGCAGGAGAGCACUGCGGUCGCUACAGCAACUUGGCCGAGAUGUUAACAGAACAUUCCAUGCUGGUGUUCACACAUGAUCACGUGGGCCAUGGACAGAGUGAGGGGGAAAGGAUGGUUAUCUCGGAUUUUCACAUCUUCGUCAGAGACGUCUUACAGCAUAUUGACAUAAUGAAGAAGUCUCAUCCAGGCCUACCUGUAUACAUUCUUGGACAUUCCAUGGGAGGAGCGAUUUCCAUUCUAGCAGCCUGUGAUAAACCAAAUGACUUUGCAGGAGUGAUACUAAUAGCACCAAUGGUUAUCAUGAACCCAGAGUCAGCGACCCCUUUCAAGGUCUUUCUGGCCAAACUUCUUAAUCAUUUACUUCCAAGCCUAACUUUGGGGCAGAUUGAUUCGAAAUGGGUAUCACGGGAUCAAAAAGAGGUUGAGGAUUAUGAAGCUGAUGAGCUCAACUACCGUGGUGGGCUGCGGAUCUCCUUUGGGAUGCAGUUAAUGAGUGCCACCACAAAGAUUGAGAAAGCCCUGCCUGAUAUUUCAUGGCCUUAUUUGCUGCUCCAUGGAACAGGGGAUAAACUUUGCGAUAUCAAAGGGUCACAACUCUUUUUUGAAAAAUCGCAGAGUGUGGACAAAACUCUAAAGGUUUAUGAAGGAGCUUAUCACGCUCUGCACAAGGAAGUUCAAGAAGUUGCCAAUGCUGUCUUCAAGGAGAUCAGCAGCUGGAUUAUCCAACGGUUGCCACAAGGCGAAGAAGUUCAGUCUUAAAAUGAAGGAAACCACAUGCAGUCGCACUUUGUUAAAGGCUGAGGAUGCUCUUUCUAGAUGAAGGUUUACUAUUUUCUGGCAUUAAUAAUCAGGCAGCUAUUUGCAACCCUUUUGGAAAUCAAACUAACAUGAUCCUAGUCUUAAUAAGAAUGAAAUACAAUGCCUAUGUCAAGUAUUCACCAUCUUGAAUGUGUUCCAGUUGUUCAUAUUUUUAACAGUUAGGAUUGGAUUGUGGACAUUAAUUUGAAUAGCCUAC